AUAGGAAGCAAGUGAGGGGAGACCAUGGGGGAGACCAGUAAGCAUGAUAUAAUGUACCCACAGUUGAGGAUAUGAUGGAUUAACACGUACUGGGACCAGGUUCAGGUAAAAAUGUAAUUGAACAGAAAGUAAUGAGACCCUGCAUCAAGCUGAGCGGAGGUGAACUCUGUCGUGAAUCCACCAGGGCUGACUGGAGAUCACGCGCAGGACAGGUUCUUCUUUGGACUUUUAUAGAAGUGAAUGGGAGACUGAGUGGAUAUUUGUAUGUGUAUACAAAAUGCAGUGUGGCCUUAUCUUUGCCACCACUACCAAACAGCUGUGUAGUGGUGGGGCUGUGUCGGCGGCAGGCUGACGGAGAGAAACAAACUUACAGGAACAAGGAAGUCCCGCUUUAAAGUUUAUUAAACAUGGAGACGCCUUACGCCGGUUUCUACUUAACACCACUGUAAACACAAUCACGGGCUAAGAAAGAGGUGAAAAAACUGAAGCCAACAACAAGAGAGGAUUAGAAAAAAAUCUUUUUAACAGCAUGAUAAAAAUCAAUUCAAAAUCAAUGUGGCACCUUGGCACCAACGAAUUUACAACUUCUACACUAAGAAAGCUGCUAUUCACAAAAGGAGGAAGCAUAGAAGACACUUUUCACUACCUAUGUGUAUCCGUCUGGCCUUCUGUGUACAGAUAUCCUUUAUUUCCCGUCUUUUUCAAUGCUGCCACCAGAAGAUAUAAUGAAGAGACAAUCGAAUAUUGUAAAGAUGAGUCUGUCACAGACGGGUUUCCGUUAGAGGCCUCCCAGGCGUUUGGUCGUCAUUUACGAUUGGCAGGUGAUAAAUUAUGGCAUGGAAAGAUAAAGUAUGUUCGCCAGCCAUCUUACACUUCAAACUUGGUCAUGCACUUUAAGGCCAUCAUUCCUUCUGCUGCUGGCUUUUUACUCAAUACCUUUUGUACAAAUGGUUGGAUUUACUUUUAUGCCCUGGACAAAAAAAACUUUAGGCUUCUUGUUAGGUCUGAGCAAAGCUCAGUCACAAACACCCUGCCAGCCCAUUCUCACCUCCUACAAUCCCCAGAAUGCUUUAGGAGCAGGAGAGACUCUAGCUGCCUGCCUCGCUCUCACAGCCUGCCUUCACUGAGUCAGAUAACGUCUGCAAAGAACAAGAGCUUAACACGAGCUGAAAGCUUACCUGACAUGCUGCUAACAAACAGCUUUGAGGAGUUUACACCUGAAAUGACUGCUGAUGAAAACGAUGAAACCUACAGGUUCCAGUGCUCCUGCCCAGGCCUGUACCAGUGCAGUGUGACAGGCCUGGUGUUUCACAUGGAGGGAGAAGGGGACGUGGUUUACAGGAUUGUCCCUUGGAACAGGAGGCUACUGGCCCAGCAUCACAAGAAGCCUGCAGGACCCCUGUUUGACAUCAACUGUCUGCAGCAGUCUGUGUGUCAGCUUCAUCUCCCACACUGUGAGAUCCGCUCCACAGGUGGAUGUGAUUUCUUGUCAGUUGCUCAUGUGAACGAUGAGGGCAUUGAGUUUAUCAGCCCUCACAAGGUAACAGAAACUCAUGUUAUCAUAAACAUCACAGGGUUUUCUGCUUUCGGAGUGCCAGUUAAUGGUACACGAACAACACUGAUGGGAAAAGACGACACAGAGAUCCAGAGGACCAACUGA